AUGCAAGAAGAUUGGAAGCCAAAAGUAGGCAUGGUUUUUGAUAACAUGAAUGAUGCUUGGAAAUUUUGGAUUGAUUAUGGUGGGAGAGUAGGGUUUGGAGUGAGAAAACAAUACAUACAUAAAAGUAGAGACGGUUCAAGUACUUCUUGCAGGUUUGUUUGUUGCAAAGAAGGUUUACGAAAACCAGACAAACGAGAUUAUAAAACAAUCAAGCCAAGAGCUGAGACUAGAACAAACUGUCAAGCAAGGAUAGGACUUAAAAACACGGGUGAAGUUUGGAUAGUGCGUGAUUUUGUGGAGGAACACAACCAUAUUUUCCACUUGAAAGAAACAACGCAUAUGUUGUCAUCUCAACGAAAAGUUUCAGAAAUUCAAUGUCAACAAAUUGAAUUAGCAGAUGAUGCUGGUCUUCAACAAAGAAAUUCAUUUGAUUUGAUGAGUAAGGAAGUGGGAGGUAGAACCAACUUGGGAUUUACACGUCUUGAUCAAAAGAAUCACCUCCGAAAUAGAAGGCAAAGAAGUUUGGUACAUGGGGAAGCCGGCUAUCUGUUACAAUACUUUCAGAAGAUGUCGAUUGAAAAUCCAUCUUUCUAUCAUGCUUAUCAAAUGGAUAUGGAAGAUCAAAUUACUAAUGUCUUUUGGGCAUAUGCAAGAAUGCUCAUUGAUUACGGAUAUUUUGGUGACGUAAUUUCUCUUGAUUCAACAUAUUGUACAAAUAGUUCUCGUAGACCACUAGCGGUGUUUUCGGGUUUUAACCACCAUCGAAAAGCGGUUAUCUUUGGGGCUGCCCUAUUGUAUGAUGAAACAACAGAGUCAUAUAACUGGCUCUUUGAAACAUUUUUAGAGGCACACAAGCAAAAGAAGCCUCAAACCGUUUUUACUGAUCAAGAUCAUGCAAUGGCAAAAGCACUUAUUGAAGUUAUCCCUGAUACAUAUCAUGGCCUAUGUACGUGGCACUUGAUGCAAAAUGGUAUCAAACAUUUAGGCAAUUUAAUGAAAGGUGGAUCUCAUUUUCUUAGUGACUUUAAAAAGUGCAUGUAUGAAUAUAACGAUGAAAAACAAUUCGAAGAAUGUUGGAGAAACCUCCUUAUAAACUACAAGGUUGAGGAAAAUACUUGGUUGAGAAGAGUUUACAAUGUGAAAGAGAAAUGGGCUUCUUGUUACAUGAAUAAGGCUUUUACAUUAGGAAUGCGAAGCACCCAACUUAGUGAAAGUGUGAAUGCAAAUAUUAAAAGCAUUAUGAAUGUGAAUUUGGAUAUUAUCAAGUUUUUUAAGUGUUUUGAGGAUGUUAUUGAAGAAAAAAGAUAUAAUGAAUCAAAGUGUGAAUACGAGGCACGUCAAAAGAUACCAAGACUCCGAAACUCAUUUUCUGAUGUAUUACGACAAAUGUCUGAGCUUUAUACUCCCGCUAUUUUUGAUCUAUUCCAAAAUGAAUAUGAGUUGUUUGAAGCAUGUUCUAUCAAGAGUUUCAACAUACAAACAUCAAAGAUUGAUUGUGUUAUUUCCAUGGCAAGAGAUUUUGGAGAGUGGCAAGUGUUCUUUGAUAUUGAUAAGAACUCAAUUAAUUGCUCUUGUCGCAAGUUUGAGAGCUUUGGCAUACUAUGUUGUCAUUGCUUAAGAGUAUUUAUUCAUAUAGGUGUGAAAUCGGUGCCUGAUGGUGUUACACCUGAACCUUAUAUCUUGAAGAGGUGGACAAAAUCAGCAAGAAGCGGUGUUUCACCUAAUGUUGAAGAUGCUGAUGUUAGUCAUGAUGUGGAGGAUGCUGAUUUUAGUCAUGAUGUUGAAGAUAUUGAUUUUUCUCCAAAGCAAUGCUACAAGGAAAUUUGUCCUCGCCUUAUUAGGAUUGCCACUGAAGCAUGUAGAAGUCCAGAAACAUUCACUUUUAUUACCAAAGUUGUUGAUGAGUUGGAUAAGUGCAUACUAAAGUUUCAAAAUUGUGAAGUAAGUGGUGCACAAGUGAAUAUGUUUCUUAGCAAAGUUAAAGAGAUUGAAAGUAAUAUUGAUAAUUCAACACAUGUCAAUGGCUUCAAAAAAAGACAAGGCGGAAAGGGUUCAAAACGUAAGAAAGGUUGGGUCGAAACUAAACUUACCAAUAGGAAGAAAAAUGGUGGUCCAAGUACAUCUCAGAUCAAGUUCAAUACUGAGACAUUAAAGAUUGUUGAAAGUAGGAAAAGUGAAAAUUUAGGUGGUUCGCAAAGACAAACGCAAUAUGAGGUGGUCGAUAUGAACGCACAUAUUUGGCUCAAUGAUGCAUACAACAACAUGAAAAAGAAUGAAACUUUAAGUUCAUUUGGUGACACAAGUUUUACUAGCUUAUUGAUGGAAAACAAUCAAGAAUAUACAAGUGGAAGAGAAGGAAAAGUGGAAGAGAACUAG